GUCUGAAAGGCUUGCUGCACUCGAGUCCACAGUCGCCGGUCUUCCGCCUCAAGACAGGCCGACUCGUCACGCGGUACCACAUGAUUUACCAGAGCAGGAGACUCUCACGAACGACACUGGUAGCGUUUCUAACUCUGGGCAUCAGAAUAAUGAAUGCCUUGAGAGGCGAUCGCCAAUUUCACUGGAACCCAACGUCAGAGAUGGCUUAACUCAGCAAGCCUCAGAGGGUACUCGAUUCCUGCAAUGCGAGCUGGAGUCAUAUCCCUUUCUUGGAACAAGCAAAUCGAUCGUGAUGAAAGAGGCGAUUGACUUUGUCAGUCGGCUCUCUAGUACCUCAAACACACACUUUGCGACCGAUGGUUUUGGCUCAUCUGCAGUCAGUGUGGAUCUAGAGUCAAAGGGGUUCCCGCCAGAGCUGUUAUAUAUGAUGACCAUGAACGGUGAGUCGAAUACUUUGAGACAGUCAUUUUGGCCUGAUCACGUUUCUUCUCAGACCUUAGAAAGAAUGUGUCUGUCCCUCGUCGAAGGGAAAGAGGACCAGCACAAGCUUACUUGCUACCGUGUCUGCGUCUACAUGAAAGCCUCCGCGCUGCUUUGCCGACUACCCAAGAACGACCGGAGUGUACCACUUCGAAGGCAUCUUAAACAGAGCAAACAGCAAUAUGAACACGAAGUACACAAAGCUCUGUCUGAGAUAGACUAUCUUGCGCCACCCAGUUUAGUUCUCUUACAAGCAUUCCUGUCGGGUGCACUGUUCAUGCAGAACCAAGGUGAUAUGUCCCGAAGCUGGACAUUGGCAGCUUUCGCAUCUCGCACUUUGGUGUCUCUCAAUUAUCACCUGAUUGACUCUAUCACGCUCAAUAAUGAAACACAGCGGGACAUAUAUGGGUCGUUGUAUACGUGUUACUAUCUCGACAAAAUGCUCAGUGUGCUCCUCCUCAGACCACCGUCACUUCCAAAACUGAAGAUCAAGCCGACAGACUUGGUUUAUUUGGAUAGCCAGCUUCCACUCAGCGCCAUUGUCAAGACCAUGGUUGAGUUUGCGCAGAUCCAGGAAGGUGUCCUCGAUAUACUCAACCACACCAGUAAGAACGAUCAAGUCGCAGCUAUUGAUCAGCUGCUACGGGGCAUGCGUGAAAUCAAUGCAUUGAUCAACAAGCAUCGAGUUCUGCCACCCUUCCGAGAAACGACUUAUGAAUGGGCUGCCCUAGAGUUUGGGUAUUAUGCACUACUGGCUAGUGUGUUGCAUUUGAAACAACGCGUUGUCCAAGAUCGAUCAAUGCGGGAAGAUUGCCUGCGGGCUUCCCGACAAGCACUGAUACACCUGGUAAAAAUCCAGGACGAACUUUACAUGAAUGCAAACUUCCUCGACGAGUAUCCAUACUCCCUCACGUGGACACUACUGUUCUACCCACUCAAUGCAUUCUUUGUCGUUUUCUGCAAUGUUGUAUCUUCCGCGAACCCGGACGACUAUGCAUUGAUGGAAGCAGUCACCAAAGGGAUCGUGCGCUUUGUCGAGAUCCACCCUGCCAUUGCUGAGAUACAUAAGCUUUUCUCGGCUUUCCUGGGGAUGGUCGGGCCUCUGAUCCAUAGUCAGCCUCGUACCCCACGUUCUCAACCCAUCCCGGAUGCUGCUGCAAUAUUAGGAAAUGAACCUGCAAUUCCAACCGGCAUGGCAACUCAAUAUAACCCAGGCCCCAUCGGCUCAAAUAUUCUCCAAGAAAGUCGCAUUGGUUUACCGGACCAAGGUAUUGUCACUCAAGAUGGACUGGUUGCUCCGGACGAAGAACUCUUGUGGGAAUUAAUAGAUUCGCAACCAUGGUUGGGCUGGAUGAGAUCGGAUGGCUUGACAGUUGACAGGGAAUCCCACUACUAAUUGGAAUGGAUGUUAUAUUCAUUUUUCAUAUAUCAUAAUUUGAAAAAGCUUGUCUCAGUCGUCAUUGAAGGCAAAAGAGACAAAGAGACGGACGGACGGACGGAGGCGUCAUUGUUCCGGACUCGGGAGCAGUAAAGUUCAGGGUCCGUUCCGUAAUCAACUCCACCACUUGGAGUUGGACACUUGCUCGGUCUUGACAGAGCGCGAGCACG